GAGGGAGAGAGGGGGCACUGAGUGGGGAAAGACACAGGCAGAGAGAUAACAGCAGAUGGACCGCUGCACAGCCUGCAACACACUCUCAAAGGACAGACUGUAUGAGUGACAGAGUGUGUCUGUGUGUGUGUGUAUGCAUGGAUCACAGAGGAGUGUGUGUGUGUGUGUCAGUAGGAAAAUUGGUUGUGAAUGAGUGAGCGUCUUUCAUGUGCUCUGGAACUGGAUGCAGUGAGCAAUAAUCCUCUUGAGGAGAAACAGGAUACAGACAAGUGAACAGGAAGCAGAGGACUGAACACUUUUGCUCUUCACACUUCGGCUGCUUUCAGGGCAGGUGCAAGCCCAGCAAACCUUCUCUGUAGUAAGCCUAUUAUCAAUGCAGGAGAAUCUCGAUAAAUGCUACAGACUGUAGCGGGACAUUUUGUUCAUUCGCUUGCACCUUUCUUUUUUUUUUUUUUUUUUUGCCUAAGAAGAGAACUGUGUCUUUAUCAGAAGGAGGAAGACGGUUCGCAGGGCACCUCUGGGAGCACAGGAAGAGGGAUUCUCUAUGGUGAAGAUGAGUCUGGACCCCGUACAGGUGAUGAGCGGACAGGUCAAAGAGCUCAAAGUUGCCCCUUCGUCCAACGGGGAAAGCAGAGGAUCAUGGGAGGAGAAGGAAGAGUUUGAUCAGGAUCACCUGGGCCUCACCACCAAGCCAAAAUCACCAAAGCCUGAGAACGCAGUGACCAUCGCCGUCUCCUCUCGCGUCUUGUUUCGGACCGAGCGUGAGCAAAAGGUGUUUGAGCAGAAAGGAGUGGAGGAGUAUCUGAGAUUCCAGAUCGAACACGAGAACGAACCCUUCGCCCCUGGACCUGCUUUCCCCUUCGUCAAGGCUCUGGAGGCCGUCAACACUCGUCUGCGGGAGCUGUACCCACAAAGUGAAGAACUGUUCGACAUCGUGUUGGUGACGUACAACCAUGCGCACGUAGGGAUACGGCUAAUCAACACCAUCAACCAUCACAACUUGUUCAUUGAGAGGUUUUGCAUGACGGGGGGAAGCAGUCCUACUGGCUACCUGAAGGCCUGGCAGACCAACCUCUACCUGUCUGCUGAUGCCGAGAAGGUCAGGGAGGCACUGUCUGAAGGCAUCGCAGCAGCCACCAUGUUCAUGCCAGAGAAGCAGACGGAGGUAUCGGAGACCCAGCUGAGGGUGGCGUUUGACGGUGACGCCGUCUUAUUCUCUGAUGAGUCAGAGCGCAUCUUCAAGGCCCACGGCCUGGACAAGUUCUUCGAACACGAGAGGGCAAACGAGGACACGCUAUUGGAUCAUGGUCCCCUGAAGGGCUUCCUGGAGGCACUGGGGAAGCUCCAGAAAAAGUUUUAUGCUAAAGGCCACCGCCUGGACUGUCCCAUCCGGACUUUCUUGGUGACAGCUCGUAGCGCAGCCAGUUCUGGGAUUCGGGCACUGAAGACGCUCAGGGCCUGGGGCUUGGAGAUCGACGAGGCCUUGUUCCUAGCAGGAGCACCGAAGGGCCCCAUGCUGGAGAAGAUCAGGCCGCACAUCUACUUCGAUGAUCAGAUGUUUCAUGUGGAGGGAGCAGCACAGAUGGGCACCAUCGCUGCCCAUGUGCCCUAUGGCAUUGCACAGAAACAUAACCUCAAACAGAAAACCAGUGCGGGGAAGUAGACAGCAGGACUUCAGGUGCCAAUGGUACAGUCAUUCAGCCGGAAACGGAACAAGAGAAGAAGGAUGGGAUGGAGAAAGUUUGGAGAGUUUGCAAAGAUGAACUUGUACUGUAUUGUAUGUGGAAAUGCAUCAUUUCCACACUGUAGCAUUUGUAUUGUAAGUCUGUUUUAUCAAACUGUCUCAGCUUAAUGCUAUCAUCUUAGGAGUUAGACACAGGUCUGGAUAGAUGUCAGGUAGAGGUCUAGAACCUGAGAUGAUGUUUCAAAGCCUCAAUAUACUCAAUACUGAAGUGUUUUGUCGGAUCUGUCUUUAUAUGCAGGGGUGCACAUAACUGUUUUGGUCUGGUUCUCCAGGGAGCACCUGUAGAUGUUGCUUGGUAUGCAGCACAGUUAUCCUACUACCCUCCUGACUGCUCUCCUCACUAUCUCCGUCUGUGGUAGGUGAUGAUGUAGUCCUACUUUUUUAAGUGGAUGUGCAUCAGGAAUGGAAGGCAAGAGUCUGACAGGCAGGAUCGGCACUUACUUGAUGUGAAAAUUCACAUGCAUCUACUUAAUUAAAAAAGAAGGCUAAAAGCCACACAACAACUGAUUACUAACAUUAAAGGGGCUACCUGUAAGUUUUGCUAUUGCUACAUAACCAGUGUUAGCAUUAACAGCUGUUUACUUACUAAGAAACUGUGCGAGUUCAGAAUCAAACUUCAUUGCUUUACUCUCUAAGAGCUGUCUCCAGAGGUGGAAAGCAACACCAAUGUUAACUCUUGUCUCUAUCACGUCUUUUCUUCCACUGAAGAUAGCACGCUAACCAGCUAGCCCCUGCUAGUCUUGUCACUUUCCGAUAGCGACUCACUGUAGCAUCCAAUCUGCCCCUGAAGACGUAGCGCUGCUCAGAGUGCGUAUUAUGACCUUUUGUCUUGUAAACCCCAAUGUUGGCCGAAGUUAUUUUCAGACGACAAUCACCACCACCCACCCCAAGCAAGAAACUACAUUCAGCAGCAGAGAAAACUUAAAAAAUAGCCCCUUUAACACAUUUGUCAUAAUCUUACCAGUAAUGUGUGGAAAAAUCCUAAUGUUUCAGUCAUUAACUGUGUCCCAAAAACGCCAAACCCAAAAGUGUUGGUACACAAAAACACCUCUUUUCCUAUCAUCUGCUGCGCAUCCUUUAUUUCCACCACGCUGCCCACCAGUUAUGUGCACCCCUGUUUAUAUGGGAAUUUCAAAAGGUGCUUGAUUGCUGCUGUGACCUAACUCUGUUUCACUCACUACCACUCGUCUUCAUAAAGAUGACACCUCUUCAGUGUUUGCUGGAGGAUACUGAAUGAAUAGAUUCACUGACUCCUGUCCAAGUAAAGCACAGAGACUGAACUGUAUGCUGUCGACAAAUGAGCCAUAAGAACAAUGCAGUGAUAUUAUAAGGUUUAAAGUUAUAGUGUUGUGCUGUAGCAUGAGAGUCAUAAUUUAAAGUUUAAGUGUCAAUCGUUUCACAGAGUUUGUUUGGAACUAUACAAACUGUAUUGUAUAUUACUGAAGAUAGCAAUAUAAUCUACUGUUGUGUUAGUGCAGAACAAAUAGAUGAAGCCAUAAGUUUCAGUUGGUGCCUUAGUUUCAACAAAGACACUAUUUUCAGCCAUGUGGAGCAGCACUUGGGUCCUCGACAACUGUUGGAUGCAACGCCAUUGAAUUCAGUAAAGUAGAGUACAGACAUUGAUGAUCGCCAGACAAUGAAACCUCCAAAAUUCACAAUUUAUCUGCAUCGCCGUUAGCAUGUUGGUGUUCUCAAAGCCCAUCUGAGCCUAUGUGCACCUGAGGCUAACAAAAUACUUGGUAGACUGAUUAAAGUCGAUUGAGUUCUGUUCUGAAAUGUUCCUAAAAUAUUGUUGCUCUUCAUGUGUAUAACAACUUGACUUUGCUCGCUCAGGCCAAUAGUUUUACUCAACUCGUGGUAAGCAAAGUAAAGUUUUAUACUCCAUCCAUAUUACCAUAUCCAACAAAAAUUUAAAGUUAAUUAAAGUCUAGGGCCUAGCAUGGCUUGUCUUGUUUAAAGAUCCCAUAUUUUCCUCUUCUGUGUUUUAUUUGAAGUGCUGAUCCAUCAGAAGAUAUAUUUGUGGUUUUAAAAACCAAAAACCAUCUCAAUGUUGUUUUACAUCUCCUCUCUCAGGCACAACAGGUCGGUGAGCCAAUCAGAAGAGAGGAUCUGAGCCUCGGGGGGGCAGUGACUGCUUUGUUGUGACAUCACAAAGCUACAAAAGUCCUGACAGCCCGUUUGAAGGCUCAGUCUCUGAAUAUGAGCUGUGUGCAUUUCUCUGUGGACUGAGCGCUUUGAUACUUUCACAAUAUUAAUAUAGAACCUAGAAUAUAGAAACACAGAUGUGAUUUUACCGCCCUCUCCUGUAUGCCAAGGCUAAUACAAAGUUUUACACUGCUAAGAUGGUGAUUGAUGUUGUAAAAUGUACCCAAUUUAACAGCAUCUGGCAAUCAAUGCCCAAUUGGUAAUCAAUAACUAAUUAUCAGUAUGAUUUAUGUGCAAUUGAAAAACAUGAAUUUUUCGUUCAUUGGCAAAAUGGCUGCGGUGGCCUUUUGAAAAUGUCAGUGCACUUCACCUCGCUCUGUUACUGCUGGCAGGGCCCAGGAAAUCUUCCACCUAGUGUAUAUUUAGCAACGCUUCAUUACGCCUCAUCAGGCUCCGGAGGACCACAGAGACGAGCAUUUUCACAGCCAAAACACAUAAUUGAACAGAUGCGUCUUUUGGCAGGCGUUUGCCCUAAAAUGACGGCUGAGUUGUCGGAGGAUGAAGUUUCAGCCGGGUGAUCUAAUCAGUCGGGGCGGUUUGGACUUUAGGGUGACAUUCAGGAGAACAUUAAUGAAGCAAUGUACGAACAUUUCAACUACAAGUUUACGACGACUACAGCAAAAAUGGCUUUGCAAUAAGAAAAUGUAAAUGAACAAUAACUAAAUAAAAAAAAUAAAAACAUUA